AUGAAGGCUGCCAUCGAAAGAGCAGGGGGCCGAGUGGAGCCUGUUGUGCCCGUUGUAGAGUUUGACGAUAACAAUGUUGACCCACCAGAAGGUCCUUUCUACGAUGAUAAUGCUGAUCUCAUCAUCGAGGAUGAUGUUGAGGGGCAGCUGCCAGCUCACGAGGACAGUGACGAGCUAGAUAGUGGCGGCGGGAGCUCAGGGCCACCCUUUGACUCUGCGAUGGAGACGGUCCUCUGGAUGAAUUCCGCUGGUGCGGGAGGUACCAAGCUGCCUAACCGGGCAAGGAACGAGUGGUUGAAGCUCAUGAAGGACGACCGCUACCGCUUGGAGGAGUGCUUGGCAAAGUGGAAGUCCCACCGUGAUAUGGAGCUGACAAUCAUGAAAGCUGCCGUUGGUGAUGGCUCCAAGAUUGUCAACUUGCAGAGGGCAGGCAAGGACCCUGAACCAAUCCUCUUGUCCUACAUCCCGGCACUCGAUCUCAUCCGCAGGAUGUUCGCCGACGUGAACAACAAGAAGGGGUUUGUUCUCGAGCCGCAGGUGGACAACGAUCCCACAUUUGUUGGCAAGCACAUCAUCGUCCCAAUCAUCGUCUACUUAGACAAGACCACCUUGGACGGUCUCGGGCGAGUGUCGGCGUACCCCAUGUACAUAUCGCUGGGCAACUUCUCUUGGGAGGUGUACAACCAGAAGAGCGGCAUGCAGCUGGUCGCCCUGCUGCCCAGCGUUCGAGGUGACGCUGACUGGCCCGGCCCUGGCUACAAACCCCGAUCAGAGGGGUUGAAGGAGACCUGCCGGUUCUUUAUGAACUGGUCCAUGAGCAUUGUCUUCGAAAGCACUCGGAAAGCAUCCUACAAGGGGUUUCAGGUGACGGAUCCUAACGGCGCACAGCACAACGCUGUUCCUUUCAUCUACGUGAUCUCCAAAGAUCUCGGCGAGGCUUCAUCGAUCUCGGGGGUCAGGUCCAACUCUUGCGACUCCUGCCUGGUCCCAAUAACCGAAAUGCACUUGGUGACUCGGGCGAACCAAGGUGCGUACGACGCGCGGUUAGAGGACGACAUGUGGGGGGUCGUCCAACAGAUGCAGCGGAAGCGCGACGAGAGGGCGCCCCAUGCAAGGAUUGUGGAGCUCAACAAGGAGCAUGGCAUCCACUUUUCGGAGCCGUGGUUUUGGGACUGGAACUACUCGGACCGCUUCUGGAACAACGUCUACAGCAAGAUGGCCCCUGACGAUCUUCAUACCAUCUUCGGUGGCAUCCUCGGCCACCACUUCAUCGGGAUCCUUGGGGCGGUCGGGAGGGCCUUGCCGAUGGGCGAACCCGCCUUCAUGAGUCUGAUGGACGUGCGAUUGCAUCAGGUGUACCUGAAAUUCCGGCCAAGCGGCCUGCGUCUCCCCUCCAAGAAGGACUUCUUCACCAAGCCCUGCAACACGCCGGCGUACGAGUGGAAAGCCAUCCUGCAGGUUCUCCCCCUAAUGGUGGUCGGAAUCUGUAAGAUUCGCAGCAAGGACGUUCUUGCGGAGUGGGCGGUCGCCUUGUGCGAAUGGGUUAGGCACACGUUCUGGACACCGGACGGUGAUCACGACGACGACUCUCUCGACAAGUCGGACGCCCUGCUGGCGGUGUUUGAGGCAAAGUGCAAACCCAUCGCGGGGUACCAAGCAUCCCGUUGGUGCUUCCGGAAGAUGCACGAGACGUCCAAGUUCACGGACUUCAUCAGGCGUUGCGGCUCGCCUAGGUGGUUUUCUACGGAGAGGGGGGAACGGAGGCAUCACUGGGUGAAGAAGUGGUGGAAGGAGAUGAAUGGGAAGGACAUCUCGAACGCGCUCCACAAGAGUUGGAACAACACCCUCGCAAUAGAGUCCGUCGAGGCCCAGCGGGCGGAGCUGACGGAGUUGCAGAGGCGGGAUGUGUACGACUCAGCUGCUCUUGCUGCGCUGGAUGCCAACUCGACCGGUGGAGAGAACCGGUUGAACAAGACCGAGCUGUUCACAAUCUUCAUCCCAAACCUGUUGGUUUCGCCUGACCGAGCGAAUGACCUCCUCGUUCGAGGCUGGGAGCAACGCCGCCUUCUCCUCCAGUGGAUGCGCAGCAUCCCCCUUCUGUCGGAGCUCCCCACAGCUCUCGCUCUGUACUUCACCGGGGAGGCGCAAAUGCCGCCGGCCCAGCUUCGCGGUUUGGACCUUAUGGGUUACCUCGACGACAAACUCGCUGACCGGAUUGAGGUGGUCAACUCGUGCUACGUGGUUCCGCAUGUUGGAGGCCGAGACCGGCUUCAGCAGGCGAGAGCGAGCGCCGACUUCCACGGGAGCGUGGUCCUUAGCGACUUAGCCUUUGCGUCCGACUCUCCGGACGACCCGGUUACGCACACGUGGUACGGGAAGGCCCAUAUGUUUUUCAGAGCGUUCGAGCGGAAGACCGUGUGGGAUAAUGCUUUAAGGCGAAGGGUACCUACCAAGGUGCCGCACGAGCUGGUGUUCGUGCGAUGGUAUAACGAGGUUGGUUUCUUGGAUGCUACAAAGUGUCCGCAAUUGGAGUGGGCUCGGAUGCCGGGGCGACCAGAAGGCACGCCUUAUUGCCAGGUUCUCUCCAUUAGUAGCAUCAAGUCGGUAGAAAUGAUGGUUCCCAAGCACACAUUCACGCAUAACAAACGUCUAGUGUACAGAAACCUCUAUUUUAGAUAG